GGUGACACUCACGAACUGCUUUCCCAGCGUUGUACUCAAUCCUUCCAACAUCCCAUACACCUGCGAAGUCAGGGAUGUCCAACCACUGAUUGGCUUGAACCUCUCCGCAUCGUACUAUCAUAAAGGAGACCUCAAUCCUGGCUGGCCGGCGACUCUUGUCGAGGGAACCAAUACCAUUACAUUCGUGCCUAUUACUGGGGCACCUUCAGGACGUUGGGACUUGGUCAUAACUAGGUUUGCUGCCGAUAUAAGCUCUUUCACUCCUAUGACGACCAAGGAGAGCAUGGACUUCAUGCUGAUUGGUACGGCCCAUG